UCUACUAUUCCGCCAAUCGCCGGGCAGGAUACUGUCACGGGGCGUCCCUCUUCAGCUUAGAGAUAUCGGUCCACGGAGGCCGCCUUGGCUAUCGCGACGAGGAUGGUCCUGCGCCGGCUCCUGCUCGCUAUGCUUAAUAACCACCAGCUCCUGGACCGCCUGGCGGAGGCGCGACCUAUCCGGGCGGCCGCUCGCCUCACGGCCACGGCUCUAACGCGCGGACUACGCCUGCGAGACAACUUUCUCCGCGAACUGAAGGAGGAGGCGGAGCGCGCCAAAGUCUCCAGUUGGUCCAAUGAGCGUGGCGGAAAGGACAAGGGGCGGCGCCCUUGAGUGACAGCCAUCCAGUAAGGAAAGACGGUACCAAAGACGGGCAGUGAGCGUGGCCAAGAAGGACUGGGGCCCGCGGUGCCUCCUCCCGUCCCCUGGGCGGGGCUGCGAGCGUCCCCUGGCGUAGCACCCGCUAAUAAAAAGGGCGGUGUCUUUUCCCGCUCGCCCGGCGGACUAGC